GAACUUGAACGCAUCAUCCCAACUGCAUGAGCCGCACUGAAAGAACAAAAGAUGGCAGCUCUGUGGAGGUCCUACCAGGCUCUGAUGAGUAGACGGCCCCUGACAGUACAGAUCAUAACAGCAGGGUCUCUGGUGGGAGUGGGGGAUGUGGUUUCUCAGCAGCUCAUUGAGAGGAAGGGUCUGUCCAAUCACAGCUUCCCGAGAACCAUGAAAAUGAUGGGCAUCGGCUUCUGCUUUGUGGGCCCAGUGGUUGGCAGCUGGUACAAGGUCCUGGACAAACUGGUGCUGGGCACGACCAAGAGUGCAGCUAUGAAGAAGAUGCUCGUCGACCAGUUGUGCUUCGCUCCCUGUUUCCUGGGGGCAUUUCUGGGUCUGUCUGGAGCUCUGAAUGGACUCACACUGGAGCAGAACCUCCACAAACUCAAAAGGGACUACACAGACGCCCUCAUCUCAAACUACUACCUUUGGCCUCCAGUUCAAAUUGCCAACUUUUACUUCAUCCCCCUGCACCACAGGCUGGCUGUGGUUCAAGUCGUAGCUGUGAUCUGGAACUCCUACCUCACCUGGAAGGCCAACCAGCUGUGAUGAAGACCUGGAAUCCACCCACAGUGGACCCACACUUAACCCAGAGACACUUGAAACAUUCACAAGUUCUUUUCUAAAAAAUGCUAUAAAAAUUCCAAAUAAUCUUCACUAAAGUUGAGUAGAUUUCUUUUGCAAACUGGAGCUGCAAUUUGAUCUUGACCAUAGACUGUAUAUAAAGAUGGGCGUAGCUAAUCUGCUAGGUGCUGCGUUCCAAAUAGGAAGUGAUCAUGGGCUGCGCUUCCAGCCCAUCGACUCAGCCUCCAAUUCACUUUCUCUGUAAAAACUGUCUCCUCUCUCUGUAACUGCUGCUGUCAAACUCAUGAUUUUAGUCUUAAGUGUUCAUAUUAACCCGCUCUAAGUGAUCCUGGGGUUUUUAUUUCAUUAUUUUGUUCCUAAAUCAAAAUAUUAAUAUUAAUAACAGGCAAAUUAGGCUCCUUUUUUCCCAGAGCCCUGCUAGUGUUAGCAACAGGUUUGACGGUGUUGCUAGGUGCCCCCGCUCCCUGCCAAACCAGUGGUGCAGGCGGUGUGUUACCUUCAACCUCUCGCCACUGAUUGGCUGUGGGUGACGUCACACCGCCUCAGUCCACUUCUUUACACAGUCUAUGGUCCUGUCCCAGCCAUUAACCUGCAGCUCUGAUGACUUCUCAUCUCAUUCAGAUCUUUAUAAAUUCUCUGUUUUACAGAGGGAAAUUUUGUUAUGGUUUGCAGACAAUAAAACUGGCUCAUAAUUAUUACUAAAUAUUUUGACUUUAAGAGCUGCUUUUACAAUAUAUCUGUAACGGGACAAAGCUAAAUGGCUUAACUACAUUCAUAAUUGAGACAUAUUUGAUAAUUUAUAAUUUCACUAUUUCGUUUUAGAUUGUAUUCAAUUAUAUAAAUAUAAAAUACUAAAAUCUUGAGUAUGAACAGUUUUGGUCUUAACUGCACAUGCAUGUAUUGUUUCUCAUCCAGAGAAAACUCUUCUGAAGCUCAUUCUGGUGAAGGCUGCUGUUUCAUGUUCAUGUUGUAAUCAUGUUGAAUUUACCUGUUUGAAUGACUGAAACAAUACGUUACUGUCAUUACUUACUUUUCACUCUGUUAUGUCAUCAUUUUGUCAAUAAAACAUGUUAAAGGAUUUGAGCCAGGG